GGUCGACAUGACAAAAUUGCAAUGAACUGUGGCAUGUCAUGAAUAACAAUCAAUUUCGCUUCACGUUCAUGUUAUUUUUGUCAGAAGAGAAGUUUAGUGGUCGUUACGUUGUCUUUUCAGUUUUAUUAGCCAUGGUUGGGAGUGCAAAUCCUCUGCUGUUCAUUAAGGAAAGCUCCAACGCGUUAACAAAACAGUUUAAGGACGAGCAAUAUUCUCUAGACUCUUAUUCUGUUGAAAGCUUCGUCAAUGAGGAAAUUACGAUUGUCACAGAAAUUGUGGAGGAAUUUUUCCUGUACUUUGAAAGUAAAGAAUCGUUAGAUGUGAUACGCUAUAACAUGAUGUGUCUUGAAAAAAAGUUCGAAAAUAUAGAAAAUGACGCUAAAGAUAACAACUGGGAUUCCGCGAAAACAAGAAACAUGUUUCAUGAGUAUGAGAAGGAGCUAAAACGAAUUGAGAAACUGGUCAAAAAAGGUCAAGCUGAGAAUCCGAACAACAAUGACUAUAAGCAACUAGAACAUGACUACAAUGAACUGGAGAAAAAACGUCUUCACACAAAACGAUCUUGUACAAUUUUAUGAGAACUGUUAAUGGGGGAAAUGCUAAAAGAUCCUACCAUGCACGAGGAAAAGGUACCCCUGUGAACUUGAGCUACUGUGAAAACUGGGAUAGCUAUAGUGACUACCACAUUUUACAUGAUCACUGGUCGUCACAUCCAACUAUGGCAAAGCGUUGGCAACAAGAUCGCUGGUUUGCUUACCAGUUCUUAAACGGUGUGAAUCCAGUUUCAAUAACUCGCUGUAACUCUCUUCCUGAAAAUUUUCCAGUAACCCAUGAUUUAGUGAAGGCGUCCCUUGACAGAGGAGAAAGUUUGGAAAAAGAAAUAAACGAUGGCCAUAUUUAUAUUGUUGAUUAUGAAAUUUUGGUUGGAUGUAAAACAUAUGGUGGACUUGUUCUUGAUGAUUUUGGUUACCAAGCUCCUGAUCAUCUUAAACAUGAUAAAGCUGAUGUAAGAUACUGCGCAGCCCCUCUUGCUUUGUUCUAUGUGAAUAAAGAAGGACAUCUCAUGCCAAUAACAAUCCAAAUUAAUCAAGAGCCAGGUCCUGCGAACCCAAUAUGGACACCACACGAAGAACACCAAAAUGAUUGGAUGUUGGCAAAGUUUUGGCUACGUGUUGCUGAAUCUAAUUUUCACCAGCUUUGUACACAUUUACUCUGCACUAACUUGGCCACAGAACCGUUCGCAGUAUCGGCAUGGCGCAAUCUUGCAUCCCCACACCCCAUAUUUAAGCUACUUCUACCACAUAUCAAAGAUUUGCUGGCAUGUAAUACAAUACGUCGAAAAGAACUACUUGGUGAAGGUGGCGUUGUCGACCAAACCCUAUCUCUUGGUGGUGGUGGUCAUAUGGAAUUCAUGGAGAAAUGUUUUAAAAAGAUGAAUUUUGAAGAUUACAACUUCCCAAACUCUUUGAAGAAUCGUGGAGUUGAUGAUCCGUCAAAACUUCAAGAGUAUUAUUAUCGUGACGAUGGACUCGCCCUGUGGGAAGCCAUUCAAAAAUUUGUCAGUGAGAUGGUUGGCAUUUUUUAUAGGAGUGAUGAAGACGUCAAGAAAGAUGAUGAAGUUCAAAAUUGGAUCUUUGACGUUUAUGAAAAUGGCUGGAGGGAGAAAGCUGCCUACCAUGGCCUCCCAUCCAAGUUAGAAUCUCGAGAACAAUUUUAUUGUCUGGGUGACUACCGUGGCACUCACUGGACCGAGCAAGAUGUACGAAGUGCGAUUUCUCGAUUUCAGGAUAGCCUAAAAAGAAUUUCUGAGAAGAUUGAAAAACGAAAUAAAACAUUGGAAGUUCCCUACACUUAUCUUCUGCCAGAAUGUGUUCCAAAUGGAAUAACAAUAUGAUGAUGAACCAACGCUAUAGAUAUAAAUGUUUUUUUGUUUGUUUGCAAUUUUUAUGCAAUAUAAUUAAGAUAUCAAAAAUGCUUCAAAUGCUUGAUAAGUUAUAUUUACUCAAGUAAUUUGCUGUAAUGAUAAUAAUAUUUCAUUUUUCACCAAAAA